AUGGUGAACUUAAUCAAAGUUCGGAACUUUAUCUCUGCUAUCGAAUCGAAUAUUGUGCUGAAUGAUUUAAGUCCUAUAGUUGGGUUUUUUAGAUAUUGCCAUUUUGAAGCUCAUUCGGAUUUUAAUUCAAACAUUUCUAGUUUACCAUCCCUUCCAACAAAAAAGGUCUCUAAGACUGUUGGGAUUUUCUGGGAUUUGGAUAAUAAACCUCCCAAGUCAUUUCCUCCUUAUGAUGCUGCAGUUAGGCUUAAGAACGCCGUGGCUGAAUUUGGUUUCGUUAGGUAUAUGAUAGCUUAUGCUAAUAGGCAUGCUUUUAGUUAUGUGCCGCCUGAAGUGAUGGCUCAGAGGAAAGAGAGGAAAGAAUUGAAUCGAUUGGAAAGAAAAGGUAUUGUUAAGCCAAGUGUGCCUUAUAAAUGUAGAGUUUGUGGUAGAAAGUUUCAUACAAAUGAGAGGCUUAUUAAUCAUUUCAAGCAAAUUCACGAGAGUGAACAGAGGAAAAGGUUGAACAGGAUUGAGUCUGCCAGGGGAAAAAAGAGGUUGAACUUGGUUGCUCAGUAUUCUAUGAAGAUGGAAAAGUAUAGAAAUGCUGCUAGGGAUGUUUUGACUCCAAAAAUUGGUUAUGGUUUGGCUGGUGAGUUGAAAAGGGCAGGAUAUUGGGUUAGGACUGUAUCCGAUAAGCCUCAGGCAGCAGAUGUUGCAUUGAGGAAUCAUAUGGUGGAUUUGAUGGAUAAGAAACUAGUUGAUUGUAUCGUUCUUGUAUCCGAUGAUUCAGACUUCAUCGAAGUUUUGAAGGAGGCUAAAUUGAGGUGUUUGAAGACAGUUGUUGUGGGUGACAUCAAUGAUGGGGCGCUCAAAAGAACUGCUGAUGCUUCUUUUUCAUGGCAGGAGAUAAUGAAGGGAAAAGCUAAAGCAGAAGCUGGAUCAGUUGUUGAGCGAUGGAAGGACAAGGAUAUUUUGAAAAGAUUAGAAUGGACAUAUGACCCUGCAACGGAGAAAGAACUGUGCUAUUCAGAUUUUGAAAGUGAGGACUCUGAUCUGGAAGAGUUUUUCUCAGGCGAUGAAGAUAGUUCUGUGCAGCAGGAAAAUCCUAAUCCUUGGUGGAAACUGCAACCUGCGACGAGAGGUGUAAACAGCUUCUCGCAGUCGGAGAGAUGA